AUGUCGUGGGAGGAGAUCUUCCCCAAGAAGCCGAUGGAUCGGCUUCGCUGGCUCUUCAAAGCCUGCAAGGCGGCGAAAGAAGGAAGAAUCAAGCCCAACCCGCUGUACAACAUCGUAGCUCACAGAAGGUUUCUGGAAGGCCUCAAGGGCAGCAUUGCCACUGACUGCCUGAAUCUGAUCCGGGGCCACAUCCACCUCUUCAGCCCCAAGCAGCAGAAACAGCUUCAGAGUGACAACUUCGAGCUGUUCCGAAAAUAUGCCCCCAUCAGUGUCCUUGAUUCCGACGAUGACGAGGAUGCUGCGCCUCCCUUGCCUCCGCCUCCAGAAGUUCACGUGGAGAUGAAGGACAAAAAGAGGAAGAAGGGCGAAGCAGCACGCAAACAAGUAGAAGAGGAGGAGGAGUUUGGCUUCAGUGAUGAUGACACUGAGAUCAAGAAGGCGAGGAUUUUGGCCAAGGGCAUUGAAAGACGGAUUGAUCCGGCUGAUGGCCAGGCCUAUACCCUGGAGGAGUUCAUCAACGAGUAUGGUGGAAGUGGGGACAAGCCACCAGUGGAGUGGGACAACUCCAGACAUACCUCGUUCAUCUACAAGGAGUAG